AGAUUUUCUUCCUGGAUGUUUCUUCAACUGUAUUGUGAUGGAAGGGAAAUGUUUUUGAAGUUAUAAUGGAUUUUACACAACAUCGUAACAAAAACUGGCCCAAUAGCAGCAUUUCUGUUUGAAGAGAAUAAACGUAAUUACAAAUAAUCAUGACAACUUCUCAUAUGAAUGGACAUAUCACAGAAGAUUCUGACAAUGAAGCAAAAAAUGUGGAUCUUGCAUCUCCUGAGGAACCUCAGAAGCACAGAGAAAUGGCUGUUGAUUGCCCUGGGGAUUUGGGCUCCAGGAUGAUGCCCAUGCGACGGAGCGCUCAACUUGAGCGAAUCCGUCAGCAGCAGGAGGACAUAAGGCGCAGACGGGAAGAAGAGGGAAAGAAACAAGAACUGGACCUUACUGCUUCCAUGAGGCUAAAGAAACUGGCACAAAUUCCUCCUAAAACCGGAAUAGAUAAUCCAAUAUUUGACACAGAAGAAGGAGUUGUUUUGGAGAGUCCUCAUUAUACUGUCAAGACACUAGAAGUGGAAGAACUGUUAACUUCUCUUAAGCAUAUCCAGCACGUUUUGGUAGACCCUCAGAGCCAGGAGGAUCUCUCUCUCAUUUUACAGCUUGUUCAAAAUACUGAUUUUCAGAAUGCAUUUAAGAUACACAAUGCUGUUACAGUCCAUAUGAACAAAGCCAGCCCUCCAUAUCCUCUCAUCUCCAAUGCACAAGAACUAGCACAAGAGGUACAGAGUGUUUUGAAACCUAGUCACCAUAAAGAUGGGCAAGAGCUUAAUGCUUUGCUGAACGCCCCUCACAUGCAGGCACUUUUACUGGCUCAUGAUAAGGUUGCGGAACAAGAAAUGCAACCAGAGCCUGUGACAGAUGAAAAAAUUUAUGAGAAUGUUGGCGUGUAUGGAGGGGAGACGGUUAAAAUAGUUCGCAUUGAGAAAGCUCGGGAUAUUCCAUUGGGUGCUACUGUUCGCAAUGAAAUGGAUUCUGUUAUCAUUAGUCGAAUAGUGAAAGGAGGUGCCGCGGAGAAGAGUGGGCUGUUACAUGAAGGGGACGAAGUUCUGGAGAUUAAUGGCAUUGAGAUUCGUGGAAAAGAUGUUAAUGAAGUUUUUGACUUGUUGGCCGACAUGCAUGGUACUCUGACCUUUGUAUUGAUUCCCAGUCAGCAGAGCAAGCCACCUCCUGCGAAGGAGACAGUUAUACACGUGAAAGCGCAUUUUGACUAUGAUCCCUCUGAUGACCCUUACGUCCCCUGCCGAGAGUUAGGCCUAUCCUUUCAAAAAGGAGAUAUACUCCAUGUGAUCAGCCAAGAAGAUCCAAACUGGUGGCAGGCUUACAGAGAUGGAGAUGAAGAUAAUCAGCCAUUGGCAGGCCUUAUCCCUGGAAAAAGUUUUCAGCAACAAAGAGAAGCAAUGAAGCAAACCAUAGAAGAAGACAAGGAGCCAGAAAAAUCAGGAAAACUCUGGUGUGCGAAGAAAAACAAAAAGAAACGGAAAAAGGUUUUGUACAAUGCAAAUAAAAAUGAUGAUUAUGAUAAUGAGGAAAUUUUGACCUAUGAGGAAAUGUCACUGUAUCAUCAGCCAGCAAACAGGAAACGGCCUAUUGUUCUGAUCGGCCCGCAGAACUGCGGCCAAAAUGAAUUGCGGCAAAGACUUAUGAAUAACGAAGUGGAUCGCUUUGCCUCUGCAGUUCCCCAUACUACUCGGAGCAGGCGGGAGACUGAAGUAGCUGGCAGGGAUUACCAUUUCAUUUCCCGACAGGCAUUUGAGAGUGACAUAGCUGCAGGGAAGUUCAUUGAAUAUGGAGAGUUUGAAAAGAACCUCUACGGUACCAGCAUAGACUCUGUGCGGCAAGUAAUCAACUCUGGCAAGAUAUGCCUUUUAAAUCUUCAUACCCAGUCACUGAAGACACUACGUAAUUCUGACUUGAAGCCGUAUAUUAUAUUUGUUGCACCACCUUCACAAGAGAGAUUACGUGCUUUAUUGGCCAAAGAAGGGAAAAACCCAAAGCCAGAAGAGCUGAGAGAAAUCAUAGAGAAGACGAGGGAGAUGGAACAGAACAAUGGCCACUACUUUGAUACAGCAAUUGUGAAUUCUGAUCUUGAUAAGGCGUAUCAAGAGUUACUUCGGUUAAUAAACAAACUUGACACAGAACCCCAGUGGGUGCCCUCUACCUGGCUACGAUGAGAGAGCAAUUCCAAGGGACAAAUGGACUUCAAUCUAGUAAUCUUUCCAAGGAGAUCGUGUGAAGGUCUGCCCAGUUCUAGUAUAAAUGAGUGUGAGCUCUAGACCUCAGUGGCUGCGUCCUUUGCCAGUGAAAUUGCGUAGUAUUGAAAAAAUACGCUAAUCAGCUUGUGAGCCAAUUUAACUGAUCUAAAGAUUGUCCAAGUUUUAUUUCUCUGUGGUCUAGAAAUGGAGAUCUUGUCAGUACUAAAUUCUAAAGCUUUAGAUAGGUAUUUUUUUUCUAGCAACUACUUUUAUAUAUAAAUCCACCUUUUUUUACCUAGAAUCACCCAUAUGAAAUCAAAGAUUUUAAGUGUGUGUGUAUAUACAGUCAAUGCUGUCACAUAGUUAUAAAUAUGAAUGUUAUUUAACACUUAACUUAAUGACUUUGUGGGA